AAGAUGAAUGCCAUCCAGGUGAUUUCCCUCACUCUGCUGUCCGUUCUGGCAGCCAACGCUCAGGUCAUCAUGCCAGGAAGAUGCCCAAAGCCUGCUGUUCAGGAGAACUUCGAUGCUGCCAGGUAUCUUGGUACGUGGUAUGAUAUACAGAAACUGCCACAUGCCUUCCAGAAGGGUGAGUGCAGCACUGCCACCUACAGCCUGAAGAGCCCUGGAGUUGUCGGCGUCCUCAACAGGGAGCUGCUUGCUGAUGGGACCAUUAACUCCAUCACUGGCUCUGCCAUGGCUAAAGACCCCUCUGAGCCUGCCAAGCUGGUGGUCUCCUUCUUUGAGAACUCUCCCCCUGCUCCUUACUGGGUGCUGUCCACCGACUACGACAACUACUCCCUGGUCUACAGCUGCACCGACCUCGGCGUGCUGCAUGUGGAUUUUGCCUGGAUCAUGAGCAGGCAGCCCACCCUGUCUGAGGAGACCAUGGAGGAGCUGCACAGCACCCUGUCCUCCAUCGGAGUCAGAGUGGACAAGCUGCUCCCCACGGAACAGGAUGCAGCUUACUGCAGCGCCAUGCAUCAGUAA